GAUUCCUCUAAAAAAAAGAGGGCAAAGAUCGAACGGCGGUGGCUUCUUCUUCUCCCACCUUGAUCUACAGUUUUGCUGUCUUUGUACCUCAGAACUAUCAAAACCUGAUGGUAAAAACUCUGUCCAUCAAGAUUGAAUGUGAAAUUUAUUCACCAACUAAGGAUGAUUGCAUGACAACGCGAGCAUGUAUGGACUCCAAAAUAGAUCUCCUAGAUUGCAUACCAAAGAGAGAUGUGAGGCGUGCCCGGAGACGUCUUCGUAAGAGAAGAACAAUUUCGUGGCUAAGCAUGAAACAACCUUUGCUUCUGUCCAGCCAUUUUGGGAACCCACCAUUCCCCUGGAAUAUGCCAUCUGCAAGUAAAGGCAAAAAACGUGGAGCUAGAAAAAACAACGAUCACUUGACAACUGAAGAAGUGAUUAAACAAGUGGAAGGUGUAUCCAAGUACGGCGUGGGACGAUGGACUGAAUUGAAAAAACAAAAGUUCUCACCAUCAGUUCGAACAGCUGUGCAUCUUAAGGAUAAGUGGAGGAAUCUAUUAAAAGCCUGCGAGGUCAGAUUUACCUCUACAAAUAAGGGAAGAGCCCAAAACGGGAGGUUGCUUCGUCUAGAUAGUAAGUUGAUGAAAAAGAUACAGAGGCUAAGACAUGCCCACCCAUAUCCAAAACCAAGCGGCACUUAGGAGUUAUACAAGAAACAUUGUUUAGGACUUUUGGAGCCGUCAACCAAAGAGAAAAAGAGUGUUCCUCUUCUUUUCAGUUGCGCUGUGGUCAUUAUAUGGAAACUGAGGAUUCUGUGAUAUGAAUAAUAGUGGAAACUAAAUGAUGCAUGAAGCAUGAGAUACAAUAGUAAAUGAUACACUCUCCAAUCAGGUUUAUAAUUUCAUUCUCUGAUUUUUUUUUACAUUCAAGAUUACAGGAUCUCUCUUCCAUGUCUCUCUCUCUUAACUGAUGCAUUAACUUUCCUGUUUUUUGUUUCAACAUUAUUAAUUUCUGCAUGCAUAAAGCCAUUAUUGACUUGGUACUAGAGUUUUGUUUUGGUACCGGUGUCUUGCCUUGGUACUAGAGUCUUGCAUUGAUAUCAGCAUUUCAUCUUGAUAGACUUUGCCUUCUUGCCUUGGUACUAGAGUUUUUUAUUGAUAUCAGCAUUCCAUCUUGAUAGAGUUUGCCUUCGUAUUAGAAAUUUGUCUUGAUGUCAACAUUUCAUCUUGGUACUAGAGAUCUUUUUUCAAAAGAGGUCUUGUAAAUCCGAAUAAAGUGAAUAAGGAACAACAAUGUGAAAUCAUAGGUGAUGUGUAACAUUGGCAAGUGUUUUAGGUAAAAUAUUGAUGUGGAUACUUUGGAUAAUAUGGAUACUUAUAUGAUGACUUGUAUCUUGUUUGGACUUAGUGCUUUG